AUGAAUAUUUAUUGCAAUGCAGCGUCGUUGAAAUCUCAACCAAUAGGAGACAUUAAAAAAAAGUUGUCGCGGAAAUAUCUCUCGCCAAAACAAGAAACAUUCAGAAACCAAGCAAAAUAUCAUCCCAGUGUUGCUCAAAAGUGUCGUUCUGUUUGCUUCAGAAAUGUGUCUCGUUUUGUGUAA